AUGUCAGACGCAAUGAACAACGAUGAAUUAAUGUUACAUCUUUUGAUGGAAGAAGAAGAUGACGACGAUCUUUUACUUUUGGAUCAUAAAAGAAAAAGGAAACCGACUAGGUCUCUAUUUAAAAAUAGACAAUUUGAAGGAAGUUAUUCAAUACUCAUUAAAAAUCAUCUAAUGGCUAACGAAGAUAUAUUCAGAAACAGCAAAAAUACGUGUUGUCACUCUGCGGUCGGCGACACUACUGGUUCUGGUGCAGUCCUGCGGUUUGCGGUGGCGACGUUCUGCUUGCGGUGGCGACAGUGCCGCUCUACUCGACAUACAGCUCAUAAGAAACCAUAUGAACCAGUAGGUCUGUCGCUGCGGUCUGCGUUUGCGGUCGUGUUCGGAAUCGUACCUUAA